CCACCUUUGUUCUGCAGAGCCAUCCACGCUCCAUCGAUCUCCGUCUCCACAUCGUACGUUUCACCGGGGAACCAUCUAUGGUCUCCAUGGCGGCGGCCAAGCUCGCCGUCCUCCUGGCCGUGGCGGCACUCUUCGCCGUGGCGGAGGCAGCGAAUCCCCAGGAAGCCCACUGCUGGCAGUGCUACUACUCCUGCAUGCAGCAGAAGUGCGGCGGCUACCGCAACCCAGCCGCCCACACAGCCGUCGACGACGGUACGGCGGCCGCCUCCGUCCCCCUCAACUCCACCGACGGCACUACAGCCGUCGUGCACCCCGCCGAUGGUGGUGCAGCCGCCCACGUCGCCGGUGGGUACGAGAGCUACUGCAAGUGCAACAAGGCGUGCAUCCUGGACUGCUACAAGGCCCUGCCGCCGGUGUGCUACCAGAUGUGCGUCUCCGAGACCUGCUCCAAGCUGCCACCAUGUAAGCAGGCGGAAUGCUACAAAGCAUGCGGGGACAAAUGCUACCACAAGCAGCCAAGCCCGGGCCCGAAGCCGCCAAGCCCGAAGCCGAACCCAGGCCCGAAGCCGCCAAGCCCGAAGCCCACUCCGCCAAAGCCCGCACCUCCGAACCACGGUGGUUCACCGAAGCCCACGCCGCCAAAGCCCACACCUCCAAACCACGGUGGUUCACCGAAGCCCACGCCGCCAAAGCCCACACCUCCGGACCACGGUGGUUCACCGAAGCCCAAGCCGCCGAGGCCAACCCCGCCGAAGCGGCCGUGCCCUCCUCAUGCGCCCAAGCCCAAGCCCAAGCCGAAGCCGUGUCCGCCAAAGCCCAAGCCCAAGCCGCCAUGCCCAUGCCCGCCAGCGGCCGAUGGAUCCGCGUCGACCGACAUCAGCAACAACUGAUGGGUGUACACUCAUCAAGCAGAGCUAGUGAUUAUGCUUGCUGGAUAUCGAUAUAGAUUAUUCUGUGAGGUUACUCUAUAGAUAAGAAGUAAAUCCAUCGGCUCUAACUAAGUUGGGUAUACUAUAGAUCAUGUGUACUGAAUGUCCCGAGCUAUGUAUGUACGUAUUGUGUAAUGAAAUUAAUGUGAGAAUAUAUUAAUCUCCUAUA